GCUUAGUUAGCGUGUGCGCCGCUGGCUGUAAGGCUCGGUUAGCAAUGUCAAUUGAGCGCUGUGUUCAUCGGCAAAUGCUGUAACCUCAUCCAUCUCGUACCAGAGGCCUCCAGAUUAGGUUCAUUAAGUUAGGAAUUCUCGAACGUGUCCCGGAGCGGCGUCGAAGUUCGGGAUGGCCACCGCUUGCGCGAGCUCCUCAUCGGAAGCGGCCCCAUCAGUUGAAGAUGAGGAAAAUGUUCCGAAAGAUGAAUUUAUUCCGAGAGAGUACCAGAUCGAACUCUUCGAAGCCGCGGUGAAGGAGAACACCAUAGUGUGCCUGGGAACUGGGACUGGCAAGACAUUCAUAGCUGUUAUGCUUAUAAAGGAAUAUGAAGCAGCCAUUCGCAUCCCAUUUGAAGAAGGAGGGAAGCGCACUUUUUUUCUGGUGCCAACAGUGCCCCUUGUAGUGCAGCAGCAGAAUGCCAUCAAGUGUCAGACGGACCUGCGUGUUGGCGGUUACAUUGGUGACAUGAACAUUGACAACUGGAACAGGCAACGCUGGGAAAAGGAGUUCAUCGAGUCUCAGGUGCUGGUGAUGACCCCUGACGUAUUCAAGGUGAUCAUCCACCACGGCUUUCUGAAGAUGUCGCGGGUGAACCUGCUGAUUCUGGACGAGUGUCACCGUGCGGUGAAGCAGCACACGUACCGGGAGGUGAUGCGAUGCAUGGACAUGCUCAAGCCUGAGGACAAGCCGCGCGUGCUGGGCCUCACCGCCUCGGUCAUCAACAGCAAGGCCACUGAGCGGCAGGUGGAGCGCAAGGUGCACGACCUCGAGAUGGCCCUGCACUCGCGCGUCCUCACCAUCUCCAACCAGCAGAGCAUGGCCCGGUACGGGACCAAACCAACGGAGGUGCUAGUUGAGCAUUACUCAAGCAGCCCGUCAAUCCGCAGCAUUGAAGUUCCAGCAUUGCCCAAUCUUCAGCCAACGACUUCACAGGGUCAAGAGUUGGACCGCAGGCUUCGUAGCCUGAUCAAGGUGCUGCAUGACAUGGGGGUCUGGUGUGGACACCUGGCCAUUGAGGUCAUCAUGGAGGAGGCUCGUCGCAUGCUGGAUGGUCUCGACGACAAUAGCGUGCUCCGCGAGGUGGAGGUGUGCCUGGAGUGGCUGGACGAGGUUCGGAAGAGGUGCAGGAAUCACAUCGUACAAUCAAACGAUGCACAAGGCGUCGCUGAGGAACCCCUCCUCACAAUGGCCACACCCAAGUUGAAGCGUCUCCUGGAGAUCCUGUGGUCCUUCCGCCCGCGGGAGCAGCAGCAGGCCGGUAGCGAGGACGCCACAGAGCCAAUUUCGCUGUGUGGCAUCAUCUUCGUCAAGGAGCGCAUCGUGGCACGCAUCCUCCGUGACUGGCUGUGCGAGCUGGCGAACAGGGUUCCCAAGUAUUCCUACAUUGUUCCCGAAUUCAUCGUGGGUCAUGGUGCCAAACUUCAGCUUGGUUCCAAGGAGGCUGGGAUGUCUUUUAAGAGGCAGUGCAAGGUGCUGGAGCAGUUUCGUCGUCAGGAGUGCAACCUGCUGGUGGCCACCUCAGUGGUGGAGGAAGGCAUGGACGUUCCCAAGUGCAGCCUGGUGGUGCGCUUUGACUUCCCUGACGACUACCGCUCGUACGUGCAGUCCAAGGGACGUGCCCGCGCCCAGCGCUCCCUCUAUGUCAUGAUGACUGCGGGCGAAGAGUACAGCAAGGCCUGCAUGAAUCUUCGCAACUACCUCUCCAUCGAGGCGAUACUGAUGAACAAGUGCCACCAGAGGAAGGCACCGCUCGGCUCCGAGGUCAUGCUGAGCUUUGCCGUUGACGAGCUGCUGCCGCCGUACAUGCCCGUGUGCGAGGAUGGUGCGCCUCGCAUCACGCUCACCUCUGCCAUUGGCCUUGUCAACAGAUACUGCAUGGUCCUUCCGUCGGACAUGUUCACGCACCUGAAGCCCACCUAUAAGUUGAGCACCAUAUCAGUCGACGGCAAGGAUCUGUACAUCUGCACCGUCUACCUGCCCAUGACGAGUCCUCUCAAAGAGGCCAUCCAGGGACAGCCAAUGGAAACAAAGAAGUAUGCAAAGAUGGCCGCUGCCCUCGAGACAUGCAAGCGUCUGCACCAAAUAGAUGAGUUUGACAACUCCUUGCUGCCCGUGAAGCGCAUGCUGAAGCUCGUGGAGGACUCGGACAAUGAAGAAGCGGAUGACGCGCCUCCGGGUGCGCCUAAGCCUGGCACAAUAAAGCGCAGGAGACUGUAUCAAAAGCGGGUGUGUAAGCUGUUUGCUGAGGCACGAGUUUUGGAAGCGGGCCAUUAUCACCUGCACAUCUUGACGACGCAGCUGGUGCGUCUGGCGUCCGAUCUCCAGAACUGGCGCAAGGAGAAGCUCGUCGACCCCGAGGAUUGCCCGCUGUGGUUCGCCCUGCUCCUCCGCGAGAACAUGCCUUGCUUGCCGUCAUUUCCCAUCUUUACGCGGUCCGGCGACGAGCUGGUGUCGGUGGUCCGGGCAGGCGUGGUGAACCUCACCGCUGACCAGUGCCUCCGGCUGCAGCGCUUCCAUCAUACAAUCUGGCACGACGUGCUUCGAAUGAAGGAGAGACCCCUGCUUCAGUUCGACAUGAACACUGCACCCAACUGUCCAGUUUUAGCUCCAGUGAUAAAAGAUGACAAGAUGUCUAUGAUAGACUGGCCCUUUGUUGACAUGGUUGCCAAUUGGAUGGGUGCGGAGCCUGCAACCAAAACCAACUUCAAGUUCCAGCCCAGCCUGUAUGAAGAUGCUGUAGUUGUGCCCCGCUAUGCACCCCUUCACUACCACCACAGUACAUUCUAUGUGAAGCAGAUCCGCACCGACCUCACGGUGGAUAGCAUCGAUGGAAAGGGCAGCUUCCGUGACUACCUGUCCCUAAUUCACCACCUGGAUGUCACCGACUCGACACAGCCGAUCCUGGAAGUGGUGUUCACCGAAGUCCGACUCAACCUACUGACCCCGCGCUACCGGAACCGCAAGGGCGAUGUGUUCCUCAAGAAGACGGCCACGAACCACCGUGUGGAGCUGCGUGUCCCGGAGUUCUGCGACGUCCACCCUGUUCCGGCUGGCGUCUGGCGCAAGGCGGUGUGCCUUCCCAGCAUCCUGUACCGGCUGAACCAGCUUCUCAUCAUGGAAGAACUGCGCGCAUCUGUCGCUAUGGAGACGGGCAUUGGCCUCGGGACAUAUCAGGGCCGUUGGCCAGACUUGCACUUCCAGAGCGCUGUAUCGGAAAGUGCUUCGAUCAGCUUUUUGCCUCGUCCCAAUGGUGAUGAGGUGGAGUUUGGCAAUCUGCUUCGUGGCCACGGCGAAGUGGAAGAGAUACGGAUGCCCCGCUUGUCGCGGUCGUUCGAGUACCAGCCGGAGCUGCAGCGGAACCCAGGCCCGAGCCCUGGCCUCCUGCUGGAAGCGGUGACAUCGGCAAAGGCAGCAGACGGCUUUGACCUUGAACGCCUCGAGGUGCUCGGGGACUCAUUCCUCAAGUUUGCGGUGACCAUUGACCUGUUCUGCAGCUCCACAUCCGCGCAAGAGGGGCUGCUGACGCAGGCGCGUGCUCGCAUCAUCUGCAACCGGAACCUGCACCAGCUUGGCUCCAAGAUACACGUAGGCUCGAUGGUGGCACAUGAGCAAUUUGAGCCGCUCCGGAACUGGUUUCCACCAGGCUACUGUGUCCCCGAAGGUGCAGAGGACAUACUGAUGGACGUCGACUUUGUCUUCUGGGCCAUCCAAGUAGACACAAAGAUUCUGGAGAAGCUGACGCGGGACGAGCUCUUCAGCCUCUAUGAGCAAUACACUACUGAAAAAAAUCAGCCGGGGUAUGUUCCCCCGCCCCGCAACACAUCUGGGCCUGUUCCGAUCCGCCAGGCGUCACAGCUGUCCGACAAGAGCGUUGCCGACUCAGUGGAGGCUAUCAUUGGCGCCUACCUUCUCGUUACCGGGCCCAUUGGUGCCCUCAGAGUGAUGAAGUGGAUGGGCCUGAAGCUGCAGCAGUGCAAUCUGGACGCGCAAGGCGUCAGGGACAAAAGCACGGCAGUGCCAUUCAUGGGAUUCCCAGCGCCACGGACGUCAUUGCUGCGCUACACGGAUGACCCUGAGGGCCGCCUGGCAAGUCAAAGCAGUCCGUGGCACGGACGUCUCUGCCUGGUGGAAAAGACACUGGGCUACACCUUCCGCGACCGGUCCUACCUGCUGCAAGCCUGCACGCAUGCCUCCUACUACCAGAACCGGCUGACAGACUGCUACCAGCGGCUGGAGUUCCUGGGUGACGCAGUAAUCGACUACCUGGUGACCCGGUACCUGUACGAGGGCCCGCACAAGUUCAACCCUGGCCAGCUCACCGACCUGCGCUCAUCGCUGGUGAACAACACCUUCUUCGCGGCCCUCGUCGUGCGCCAUGGCCUCCACCGGUGCCUCCUCCACUGCAACCCGGGUCUGUUCAACGCUGUUGCACGCUUUGUGCAGCACCAAGAACGCUCCAGCAAGGACGAGUUGGGCACCGAGGAGGAGGAGGAGGAUGCCAUGGCUGAGAUCCUGGAUCUCAAUGCCCAAAGGGACAAGGACUCAGACAACCCCACUUACUGGAAGGUACUCCAGCGCUUCUACUACCACGAGGAGGAGUGCCUGGAGCCCGAAGAGGUCGAGGUGCCCAAAGCCCUGGGCGACCUGUUUGAGAGUCUCAUGGGGGCCGUGUUCCUGGACUGCGGCAUGUCACUGGACACGGUGUGGCGCAUCAUUUACAGGCUCUUCGGUCGCGAGAUCGAGUCCUUCAGUGAGCGGGUGCCCGUGCCUCCAAUACGCACGCUGCUCGAGAAAUUUCCGGAUGCCCGCUUCGGCCCAGCCGAGGUGCUCAAGAAUGAGAAAGUCAAGGUGGAGCUAAUCCUGGCGGACAGGACCUUCACAUGCGUCGCCAAGAGCAAGAAGCUUGCCAAGACGGCGCUUGCCAAAAAGUGCCUGCGAAUGAUGAACACCUGUGGAUCCGGCUACGGGGCCGGCUGUGCUAACAAUUUGCAAGUGUAAGAAGGGAGAAGGCUGUCCAGCAUUCUCAGAAACUAUGCGGGCCACACCGCACUUGACCGGAGGUCUUGCUUGGCCACUUGUUGCGCACCCUGUGGCUCUCGCUAAUGGUUCAGAGUUGCUGAAAGUGAAGGCAAGAAUUGCAUUCAGUAUCCUGCAUUCUAUUGUGUAUAUAUUGUGUGUGCCUGCGUUAAUGAACUAUACUUUUUUAUCAUGUCUUGUGGCUCUUCUCUGGUAGUCGUAUAAUAACUUGGAGGGAAGUUCUCUGCCGUCAUCCACGUGAGUUUCUCAAAGGGCACCGCGACCAUGCGAAUGCUAGGAUUUGGAUGGUUUGGCCUGUCUUGCAAUGCGGCUUGGUCUAAUACAUGGAUUUGGCUCUGGAAAUAAACCUUUUCCGGGACUAAGUCGUUAUAAAAUGUAUUGGCCCUCUCGUAAUGCAUCUCGCAUUAGUGUUUACUUGCACUUAAUAUUGCGAGUAAAUGAAAACAAAACGAAUGGCUAAUCUCAGCGCAUAGUGACUGUAGAUCUUUCAGUUUCCUUCUCCAAAUUUAGCAGCCCACUCGUCAUACUGUUCACAUUUUAUAUAAAUGCAUCGUAUCAAGAGCACACUUAUGCUUUAACAUGUUCU